AUGUUGGAGCAUCUGUCCUGUCUUCACAUAUCACUGAGCCUUGGGCUCAUUGUGCUGCUAUUCCUCGUCCGGCGCCUCUACUGGCACCCUUUAAGCCAAUUCCCAGGUCCCGUGCUGCCGGCGUUGACCAGCUUCUACCAAUUCUACAUGUUCUGGACCGGCCAGGAAGGCGAGUGGUAUAGCAAGCUCCAUGAGCAAUACGGUCCGGUGGUACGAUGCGGCCCAAACCACCUCUGCUUUAACGAGCCUUCCAUGAUCACCACUGUCUAUCAUAGACACGCCGACAAGACGGAUUUUCACCAGGAGUUUUCCUGUUCGACCGCGGUCUUCAACAAAAAGUCCCACACCGACCACGCCUCAGCCAAGCGUCGCUUUGGCCAUGCGUACUCUCUGCCAUGCGUUCAGCUCUCGGAGCACGCCCUCGACGACCAAGUCACCCAGUUGAUGUCGAGUCUCCGAGCCGAGUCGCAGAAAGCUCCGCGAGUCGAUCUUGGGGCGUGGAUCAGAUACUUUUCGUUCGACGUCAUCGCCGCCAUGUCCCUGGGGAUUCAGUUGGGAUUCAUGGAUGCGAAGGGGGAUGUCCGCGGCCUCAUUCGCAACAUGGGGCAAACAACGGCCUUGCAGCAGCGGCUGUCGCUGUAUCCGCCCAUCGCAGCCUUCGCGCGAAACAACCCGCUGGGCCGGCGCCUCUUUGUUUCCCGCCCAACCGAUCGCCGGGGCUUGGGCCUGUUCAUGGCGGAAAUCCGUCAAGUGGCUCAGCAGCGACGGGCGUGCGCCGGCAAGCCCCGGUAUGAGCACUCUAUGUUGGACCAAUGGCUUGCCUCUCCUUCGCCGCCCAACGACCGAGAGAUCCCGCUGCAAGAAAUCGAGGACCAGCUUCUCAUGGACAUGAUGGCCGGCCCCGAUUCCAUUGCCCUCAUGGUCACCAACCUGGUCUUUCUCAUUGCCCAUGACCCCUCCAUCUUUCAUCGAGCUCAGGCGGAAGUCGAUGCGGCCUUCGUGCAGGGCCGUCUCUCCGGCAAGGUCCCCGCGUACGAGGCCUCCCGGCGUCUCCCAUUCAUCACCGCCUGCGUCAACGAGGGGCUUCGUUACAUCGCAUCCACCUUCCCUCGCCGCCGCUGCUCGCCGCCGGGGCAACCCUUCUCCCUGGCUGGCAAGUACGUCCCCCCCGGCACGUCGGUGUCCUCCAGCGGCGCCACCAUUGGCCGGCAUCCGGAUCUCUACGGCGACCAGGCAGACCAAUUCCUGCCUGACCGGUGGCUGAGUGCCUCGGCAGAGCAGCUGCAGGAAUGGGGCCGCAUGGAUGUGCACUGGGGAGUGGGGGUUCGAAAGUGUCUCGGGAAACACAUCGGGUUGAUGGCUCUUUACAAAGCAAUUGUCAUGCUCGUUCGGACCUUUGAUCUGCAACUCGAAGAGACGACCUCGAUCAACAAGUGGAGCUACCCAUCCUCCGAGUACAUGCUGAUGAGACCGCGGGCUCUGUAA